UGGAGGGAGAAAAUUGGCAUGUUAAGAGAUAUUGCGUUUGGUCUUAAUGAGAUUCAUGAAGAGGAAUUAAUUCAUCAAGAUUUUCAUAGUGGGAAUAUAUUAAACAGUUUACGUGAUUCCACUACAAAUAUUACUGAUUUAGGAUUAUGUAAACCAGCAAAUAACAAAUCAGAGAAUUACGAGAUCUAUGGAGUAUUACCAUAUGUAGCCCCCGAAGUUUUAAGAGAAAAAAAAUAUAUCCAAGCAAGUAACGUUUAUAGCUUUGGGAUUAUUAUAUAUGAAGUAUUUAAUAUAUUACCUCCCUACCAUGAUAUUGCUCAUGAUGAGUCAUUAGCAAUAAAAAUCUGUCAGGGACAAAGACCAGGAUUUAAUAUAAAAGUACCUCAAUUAAUAGAAGAUAUAACUAAACAAUGUGUAGACGCAGAUUCAUUAAAAAGACCAACUACAAAAUAUUUGAAAGAAAUAUUUGAUCAAUGGUAUGAUUUAGUCUAUUAUAAAAAAGACAGUGAAAUUUGUAAACAAAUUAAUGAAGCAGAUGUAUUUAAUGAAAAACUUCCAUCUUUUGCAAAAUCUGAAAAUUUUACAUAUACAAUACAUCCUCAAGCUAUUUAUACAAGUAGAUUAUUAAAUUUUGACAAUUUAUCCGAACCAAAAAAUGCUGAUUGA